UGAUUUAACACGUCACACCUAACACGGUCAAAAACGUAUUGCGAUUCAAUCUUACAGACUUCCAGCAUGUAUCUAGCCUAUCAUAGCUCCUAAAAAUGGUUAGCUAAUUUCUAAAACUACUUGCUUGAAUUACUGUCUAGCAAUUGGUUAGCACGUUUCGGCUGUUAACCGAGACAGUUACCCUGUUCAAUGAUAAAGUUCCAGGAAACAAACUACAUAUGUGAUAUCUCAACUGUUCACAAGACCAUGCCAUUGGUCAAUGUAUCUCCCUAUCUCAAAGUAUUGAAUUCAAGACUUAAAUGUAAGCUUUAGAUGGUAGUGCAUUUAGAUCUUACAGGUUUGUAUUAAAGCUCCUUACACUUAACUGUCUGAAAGGAAAAUGUAAUGAGAAAUCAUACACUUUCAGCCUGACUUUUAAAGCAUUAUUGGCAGUACAAAUGGGCCACGUUUUGAAGUAUACACUCCUGUACUGAGCAUGUCUCUGUGGCGCCACCUGGGAAGGGUUAGUCUGUUCUCAGUCCAAUGUCAACAGCGAAUCGCGUUCGUUCAUUUCCAAUGUGAGAUACAGCCUGUCCCAAUCACGUAGCGAGAUGACAAUGGACCUGGCCAAUCACAUCGCUACUAUCCAAUGUGGAGAUUGGACCUGGCCAAUCACAUCGCUACUUUCCAAUGUGGAAUGGAUGACGUACGUUACGCGCCAAAGCAAGCUCAAGCACAGCAAGCACAGCAACGCUCUGCAACAAACGGACGCCAUUGUUUUUUCCGCUUAUUCUACUUAGAAUCUAGCAGUACGAUUCAAUGAUGAGCAACAAGCCUAAAAGCCACAAGGGCCUGGGGGAAGGACAGUGGAUGGCAAGGCUGAGGGCAUUUGCCAGCUCAGGGGUUUGGCCUUCUGGAGGCAACAGACCAGCCCCUAGGCAGCGGAAGUGGUAUGCCCUCUAUCAGAAGAUUGAGAAUUGCCCCAUGCAGGUCCGUGGACAGUCCACUCUGUUUGGAGGGUCAGUGGCCUGUAACUGUGGCUUUCACGGUGCUAAGGAUGCACCUGGAGGAGUUCAGCUGGCCACUGCGGGGGCUGCAGCUUCGGUGUGGUUGCCAGCAGAGAUGUAUAAAAACAUCCCUGUCCAAGACCAGAGGUGGAUUUCAAACGCCAUCUUCCACUCUGGCAAACUGCGGCAAGACCUAAAGCUGUGGUACGAGCCCCCUGCCCCAGCCCUCAUCUACCACCAGACACCGACACCAGACCGCUUCUUAAACCACAGGCUGAUGGUGUGGAUGCCCUACCACCUGUGGAAGGUGAGGGUAACCUGCCCUGAGUGUGGGAAGCAGCUGACGGGGUACGGUGUCCACGAGAGGGCUCGGAAGGUCCUGGACAUCGACAGGUAUUACCUGAUGGUGACAGAGACACUCAGGUGCACUGUGUGUUCUGUGAACUACCUGUCCACCUCCGAGACUGUCCGGAAUCAGCUGGACCUGCCGCACCAGAAAAUGUUCCGGAUGAUCCUGACCCGCCAGUACGCCUGUGACAUCCGUGUCAUUCGCCUGCUGUGUGACCGGACUCUCGGGAACAGUCCAGCACGUCUGGUGAAGCAGCUGAAGGAGAACCAUGGGGAGGAAUGGCUGAACAGGUUAGCACACUAUCUUGGGGAGUGUGCUGAGUUUGUUGGCCGGCCAAGCCUCUUCCCAGUGGUGUGCCAGGAUCCCCCAGAGCCCAUUGAUGUGCCCACCAGUCGCUGGCUGCUGACGGUCUAUGGCAGGGACAUCCUCUCUCGCCUGGACCAUAUUAAAGCCAGCAUCACAUCAACGUUUGGCUCCAUCUUAAAGAUGGACUCAACCAAACAGAUCACAAAGAAGCUGGCUGGCCAUGCCAAGGGGACUGGUCUCUGGGUCACCUCCAUUGGGAACGAGGUUGGCCAGAUCGUGACCAGUGUGGUGACAGUGCAGGAGGGGCCAGGACUGGACAGGAUGGUGGCAGGAGUGAUGGAGCGGUACCGCCUUGCAGCUGUCGCACCCCCACUGCUGCUGUAUGUGGACUGUAACUGCUGCAUCAGUGAGGGGUCCACCACGCUGCAGAACAGGUUUGGGGAGUGGCCAGACCUCCAAAUACGGCUGGACAUCUGGCACUUCAUGCGGAGGCUGGCUGUUGGGUGUACCACCGACGCCCAUCCCCUCUACCCCACCUUCAUGAGCUGCCUCUCUGCCUGCAUUUUUGAGUGGGAUGCAGGGGACCUCUCUCUGUUGCAUCAGGCAAAGAGAGAGCAGCUCAGGCAGGAAGGUGUGCCAGCCAUUACUGAUGCUGCGGUGGAUGCCAGGAUCAGUAAGAGGGAGCUGAGCCAGUACUGCCGCAGGAGGACGCGCGGCGUGGAGGCCACCAUCAGCCUCAUUGGGCGGCUGCUGCAGCAACUGGGCGGGACCAAUGGGAAUGACCUGAUGGGGGUGCCACUGCUGGACCAGGUGCGCACGGAGCACAUCUGGCGUGUGCAGCAACGCCACGUCAGCUGCAUCCAGGACCUGCCUGGUGUGCAGCUCUACACCGAGACCGGCACCAUCAGGAAGGGAGGUGUGGUCCUCACCAGCUACCGCUGUGCCAGGGGGUCCACAUCCCUGGAGUCCUUCCACUGCCACCUGAACAGGUUCAUUCCAGGAACCAGUGCAAAUGCGCUGAAUUUUCAGCUCUACCUCCUGGAAGGCCUGAACAGGUGGAACCAGGACCGGGGGGCGGCGGCGGUGACCAGCAGGCCAUCGUCUCUGCUCACCUACUCCGGGGAUGUGACCCAGAGCGUCAACACCAACAACAUAAAGGUGUUUGGCCGGGCAUAUGUGCCAAACUUCAGGCCACCUUCCAAAUACACCGGAGAGCUGCUUGGUGUUGACUACCUCCUAAGUCAGACUGGGCAGCCCCUGAAGGUCAACCCUGACGCAGAGGAGACGGAGGACAUGCUGGAGGAUGUGGAGGGGGGUGAGGAAGUGGACGAGGGCAUUGAGGAAGACCAUAUACCUGACCUCAUGGUGCCAGGUCUCCUUGUUAACCCAACACAGCCUAUCUUCUCUCUGGCUGCUCCCUCCUCCGUGGCUGCUGCCUCCUCCCAGCCUGCUGCCUCCUCCCAGCCUGCUCCCUCCUCCCUGGCUGCUGGGGUAUGUUAA